AUGGCCGCGGCCGUAGAGACGCCCAUGACGGACGACCUGUUUGCAAAGGUGGACGAGGUCAAGCAGGCCAACCCCGACAACCGCUGCACCAAGUACCUGACGCGGGAGUACUACGAGAGCCUGGACGACGAGCAGAAGAGCUUGCUGUACCGGUGCGUCAAGACGGGCUUGGACAACGCCGACAGCGGCCUGGGCUGCUACGCCAUGAAGCCCUCCGACUACGAGACCUUCGCGCCGUUCUUCGACAAGGUGAUCUACGACUACCACGGCGCGGAGGAGGGAUCCAAGCACGUCACGGACUGGGACGCCUCCACCGUGGGGGACGGCGGUGUGCUGGAUGUCACCAAGUUGGGCCUGGAGGAGCUCUCCAUGCGCGUGCGCGUGGGGCGCAACCUCAAGAGCUUCAACCUGCCGGGCCUGAUGGACAAGGCAGAGAGGAUCCGCUUCGAGCAGAUGAUGCUGAAAGCCUUCGAGAAGCUGCAGGCCGACGCGUCCUACGGCGGCAAGGUGUACUCCCUGUCCCCCGACUGGGGCGAGGGCGUGGCCAACCCCAAUCUGAUCGACGACGAGAAGUACAACGAGCUGGUGAAGGCGCACGUGAUGUUCAAGGACAUGGACGCCGAUCCGUACCUGAAGAGCGCGGGGAUCUCUUCCGACUGGCCCUACGGCCGCGGCUGCUGGCAGUCUGACGACGGGCAGUGCAUAAUCUGGUUCGGGGAGGAGGACCAGCUGAGGAUCAUGUGCAUGAAGAGGGGCACCAAGCUGAACGAGGUGUUCGACCGGCUGAAGGUGAUUCUGGACGUGGUGGAGUCGAUCGAGGGGCUGGAGUUCGCGAAGAGCGACAAUUACGGGUAUGUCACGUCCUGCCCCUCCAACCUGGGCACGGGCAUGCGGGCAUCGGUGCACAUCAAGAUCCCCAUGCUCACCAAGGACGGGACUGACGCCAAGGCCAAGGAGGUGUGCAAGCCGCUGGGGCUGAGCGUGCGCGGCACGGGUGGGGAGCACACGCCGAUCGGCGCCGACGGCACGGUGGACAUCUCGCCCAGAGCGCGGCUGUUCAUCAAGGAGCGCGACAUCAUAGCGGCCCUGUACGUGGGGAUUGAGAACCUUAUGGCGAAGGAGAAGGAGGCCGCUGAGUGA